AUGGCGACUCUCAGGAAGCUGAGGGGGGAGGAGGGCGAGGGGGAGGGGGAGGGGGAGGAGGGGGAGGGGGAAGGGGAGGAGGGGGAGACGGGAUCAGUGGCAGGGGGGGCGGAGGAGCAGGAUGAGUCGGUGCUGUACCCGCUGCUUGAUAUCCCGGAUGCAGAACUGACAGCCGAGGAGCUGCGGGAGAAGCGGCGGCAGCGGACGAUGCGAGGGAUCGCGCUGGGGCAGGCGAGGAUGCGUCAGGCAGCAGAGGAGAAGCGAGCUAAGGCGGCUGCUGAGAGGGAUGAAGAAGAGCGGAAGAGAAGGGAGAACCCAGAGGCGUAUGCAGCCGAGCUGAGGGCGCGGUUUCAGCAGCUGCAGGUGGCACUGGAGCAGAGGAAGCGGAGGAAGAUGGGAGCAGGGGGGGUGGUUCUUGGUGCUGCGGCGUCGCCAUCAGUGGGAGGGGAAGAGUCUGGUGGGAAGGGCAUGGGAUCGGAAGGAGGUGCCAGUGGGGGAGAAGCGGUAGGAGUAGGAGGAGCAGUGGGAGCAGCAGCAGCAGCAACAGCAGCAACCGCAGCAACCGCAGCAGGAGUAGGAGCAGGAGCAGUUUCAGUGGCUGCUGCCUCGCCUGUGCUCUCUCUUGCGGCGGCAGCAGCAGCGGCAGCCUCAGGCCAGGCAGUGAAAGGCGCGACUCUAGACAUCACUCCCCUGGGGGGCCCUGCUGGUGCCCUUGCAGGGGCGACUGGCGUGGGGCUGGGAGGCGCCCUUGCUGGGAGCGUGGCUGGUGGGCGCACGGAGCGAAUCACAGCUGCGCACAGGGAGAGGAUGAAGCUGCUGACUGCUGCUGCGUUUGAGAGUAAGAAAGGGCGGAGAGGCGCGGGCGGAGGGAAGGGGGGAGGAGGCGGGGGAGGGGGAGGAGGGGGGGGUGGGGAAGGGAGGAAAGGGGGAGGGGGAGCGGGGGAGGAGGAUGAUUUUGGAAUGAGGGACGAGGACUGGCUGGUGUAUAAGAGGAUGAGCGCUAAGGGCGUGGAGGAGGAAGAGGAGGAGGAGGCGGAGCGGGAGGCAGCAGAGCUGGAGAAGCUGAGAAGCCGGCUGCAGGUGAGGGUGAGGGUGGGGUGCAGCAAGAGGGGCACGGCACAUGACCUGGCACGGGACAGAGGAUUCUCUGAGGUGAUUUCUGAGUCGACUCAAAAGUCAUCAAGAGGGGCACGGGAUAGUGGAUUCUCUGAGGUGAUUUUUGAGUCGACUCAAAAGUCAUCAAGAGGGGCACGGGACAGUGGAUUCUCUGAGGUGAUUUUUGAGUCGACUCAAAAGUCAUCAAGAGGGGCACGGGAUAGUGGAUUCUCUGAGGUGAUUUUUGAGUCGACUCAAAAGUCAUCAAGAGGGGCACGGGAUAGUGGAUUCUCUGAGGUGAUUUUUGAGUCGACUCAAAAGUCAUCAAGAGGGGCACGGGAUAGUGGAUUCUCUGAGGUGAUUUUUGAGUCGACUCAAAAGUCAUCAAGAGGGGCACGGGAUAGUGGAUUCUCUGAGGUGAUUUUUGAGUCGACUCAAAAGUCAUCAAGAGGGGCACGGGAUAGUGGAUUCUCUGAGGUGAUUUUUGAGUCGACUCAAAAGUCAGCAAGAGGGGCACGGGAUAGUGGAUUCUCUGAGGUGAUUUUUGAGUCGACUCAAAAGUCAGCAAGAGGGGCACGGGAUAGUGGAUUCUCUGAGGUGAUUUUUGAGUCGACUCAAAAGUCAGCAAGAGGGGCACGGGAUAGUGGAUUCUCUGAGGUGAUUUUUGAGUCGACUCAAAAGUCAGCAAGAGGGGCACGGGAUAGUGGAUUCUCUGAGGUGAUUUUUGAGUCGACUCAAAAGUCAGCAAGAGGGGCACGGGAUAGUGGAUUCUCUGAGGUGAUUUUUGAGUCGACUCAAAAGUCAUCAAGAGGGGCACGGGAUAGUGGAUUCUCUGAGGUGAUUUUUGAGUCGACUCAAAAGUCAGCAAGAGGGGCACGGGAUAGUGGAUUCUCUGAGGUGAUUUUUGAGUCGACUCAAAAGUCAGCAAGAGGGGCACGGGAUAGUGGAUUCUCUGAGGUGAUUUUUGAGUCAACUCAAAAGUCAGCAAGAGGGGCACGGGAUAGUGGAUUCUCUGAGGUGAUUUUUGAGUCGACUCAAAAGUCAGCAAGAGGGGCACGGGAUAGUGGAUUCUCUGAGGUGAUUUUUGAGUCGACUCAAAAGUCAGCAAGAGGGGCACGGGAUAGUGGAUUCUCUGAGGUGAUUUUUGAGUCGACUCAAAAGUCAGCAAGAGGGGCACGGGAUAGUGGAUUCUCUGAGGUGAUUUUUGAGUCGACUCAAAAGUCAGCAAGAGGGGCACGGGAUAGUGGAUUCUCUGAGGUGAUUUUUGAGUCGACUCAAAAGUCAGCAAGAGGGGCACGGGAUAGUGGAUUCUCUGAGGUGAUUUUUGAGUCGACUCAAAAGUCAUCAAGAGGGGCACGGGAUAGUGGAUUCUCUGAGGUGAUUUUUGAGUCGACUCAAAAGUCAUCAAGAGGGGCACGGGAUAGUGGAUUCUCUGAGGUGAUUUUUGAGUCGACUCAAAAGUCAGCAAGAGGGGCACGGGAUAGUGGAUUCUCUGAGGUGAUUUUUGAGUCGACUCAAAAGUCAGCAAGAGGGGCACGGGAUAGUGGAUUCUCUGAGGUGAUUUUUGAGUCGACUCAAAAGUCAGCAAGAGGGGCACGGGAUAGUGGAUUCUCUGAGGUGAUUUUUGAGUCGACUCAAAAGUCAGCAAGAGGGGCACGGGAUAGUGGAUUCUCUGAGGUGAUUUUUGAGUCGACUCAAAAGUCAGCAAGAGGGGCACGGGAUAGUGGAUUCUCUGAGGUGAUUUUUGAGUCGACUCAAAAGUCAUCAAGAGGGGCACGGGAUAGUGGAUUCUCUGAGGUGAUUUUUGAGUCGACUCAAAAGUCAGCAAGAGGGGCACGGGAUAGUGGAUUCUCUGAGGUGAUUUUUGAGUCGACUCAAAAGUCAGCAAGAGGGGCACGGGAUAGUGGAUUCUCUGAGGUGAUUUUUGAGUCGACUCAAAAGUCAGCAAGAGGGGCACGGGAUAGUGGAUUCUCUGAGGUGAUUUUUGAGUCGACUCAAAAGUCAGCAAGAGGGGCACGGGAUAGUGGAUUCUCUGAGGUGAUUUUUGAGUCGACUCAAAAGUCAGCAAGAGGGGCACGGGAUAGUGGAUUCUCUGAGGUGAUUUUUGAGUCGACUCAAAAGUCAGCAAGAGGGGCACGGGAUAGUGGAUUCUCUGAGGUGAUUUUUGAGUCGACUCAAAAGUCAGCAAGAGGGGCACGGGAUAGUGGAUUCUCUGAGGUGAUUUUUGAGUCGACUCAAAAGUCAGCAAGAGGGGCACGGGAUAGUGGAUUCUCUGAGGUGAUUUUUGAGUCGACUCAAAAGUCAUCAAGAGGGGCACGGGAUAGUGGAUUCUCUGAGGUGAUUUUUGAGUCGACUCAAAAGUCAUCAAGAGGGGCACGGGAUAGUGGAUUCUCUGAGGUGAUUUUUGAGUCGACUCAAAAGUCAGCAAGAGGGGCACGGGAUAGUGGAUUCUCUGAGGUGAUUUUUGAGUCGACUCAAAAGUCAGCAAGAGGGGCACGGGAUAGUGGAUUCUCUGAGGUGAUUUUUGAGUCGACUCAAAAGUCAGCAAGAGGGGCACGGGAUAGUGGAUUCUCUGAGGUGAUUUUUGAGUCGACUCAAAAGUCAGCAAGAGGGGCACGGGAUAGUGGAUUCUCUGAGGUGAUUUUUGAGUCGACUCAAAAGUCAGCAAGAGGGGCACGGGAUAGUGGAUUCUCUGAGGUGAUUUUUGAGUCGACUCAAAAGUCAUCAAGAGGGGCACGGGAUAGUGGAUUCUCUGAGGUGAUUUUUGAGUCGACUCAAAAGUCAGCAAGAGGGGCACGGGAUAGUGGAUUCUCUGAGGUGAUUUUUGAGUCGACUCAAAAGUCAGCAAGAGGGGCACGGGAUAGUGGAUUCUCUGAGGUGAUUUUUGAGUCGACUCAAAAGUCAGCAAGAGGGGCACGGGAUAGUGGAUUCUCUGAGGUGAUUUUUGAGUCGACUCAAAAGUCAGCAAGAGGGGCACGGGAUAGUGGAUUCUCUGAGGUGAUUUUUGAGUCGACUCAAAAGUCAGCAAGAGGGGCACGGGAUAGUGGAUUCUCUGAGGUGAUUUUUGAGUCGACUCAAAAGUCAUCAAGAGGGGCACGGGAUAGUGGAUUCUCUGAGGUGAUUUUUGAGUCGACUCAAAAGUCAUCAAGAGGGGCACGGGAUAGUGGAUUCUCUGAGGUGAUUUUUGAGUCGACUCAAAAGUCAGCAAGAGGGGCACGGGAUAGUGGAUUCUCUGAGGUGAUUUUUGAGUCGACUCAAAAGUCAGCAAGAGGGGCACGGGAUAGUGGAUUCUCUGAGGUGAUUUUUGAGUCGACUCAAAAGUCAGCAAGAGGGGCACGGGAUAGUGGAUUCUCUGAGGUGAUUUUUGAGUCGACUCAAAAGUCAGCAAGAGGGGCACGUGAUAGUGGAUUCUCUGAGGUGAUUUUUGAGUCGACUCAAAAGUCAGCAAGAGGGGCACGGGAUAGUGGAUUCUCUGAGGUGAUUUUUGAGUCGACUCAAAAGUCAUCAAGAGGGGCACGGGAUAGUGGAUUCUCUGAGGUGAUUUUUGAGUCGACUCAAAAGUCAUCAAGAGGGGCACGGGAUAGUGGAUUCUCUGAGGUGAUUUUUGAGUCGACUCAAAAGUCAGCAAGAGGGGCACGGGAUAGUGGAUUCUCUGAGGUGAUUUUUGAGUCGACUCAAAAGUCAGCAAGAGGGGCACGGGAUAGUGGAUUCUCUGAGGUGAUUUUUGAGUCGACUCAAAAGUCAGCAAGAGGGGCACGGGAUAGUGGAUUCUCUGAGGUGAUUUUUGAGUCGACUCAAAAGUCAGCAAGAGGGGCACGUGAUAGUGGAUUCUCUGAGGUGAUUUUUGAGUCGACUCAAAAGUCAGCAAGAGGGGCACGGGAUAGUGGAUUCUCUGAGGUGAUUUUUGAGUCGACUCAAAAGUCAGCAAGAGGGGCACGGGAUAGUGGAUUCUCUGAGGUGAUUUUUGAGUCGACUCAAAAGUCAUCAAGAGGGGCACGGGAUAGUGGAUUCUCUGAGGUGAUUUUUGAGUCGACUCAAAAGUCAUCAAGAGGGGCACGGGAUAGUGGAUUCUCUGAGGUGAUUUUUGAGUCGACUCAAAAGUCAUCAAGAGGGGCACGGGAUAGUGGAUUCUCUGAGGUGAUUUUUGAGUUGACUCAAAAGUCAUCAAGAGGGGCACGGGAUAGUGGAUUCUCUGAGUCUCCGUCAACACCACCACGCCUGCCUCAACCAGUUGACCCAAAGGCCAUCCCCCAUUCGCCCCUCGCCGCCCCUCUCCCCUCUCAGGAGGUCAACCCAGCCUUCCACCCCACCACCCCUCUCCCCUCUCCCCUCUUCCAGUUGACCCAAAGGCCAUCCCCGAUUCGCCCCUCGCCGCCCUUCUUGAGGCGCCUCAAAAGUCGCCACCCCUCUCCCCUCUCAGGAGCCUUCCUAGUCUCCAUCAAUGCCGCGCCUGCCUCAACCACUGCCCCGGGCACGGCCGCCGGCCUUCCCGGACCUGCCUCCUCGGUCCGGCAGCCUACCGAUGCAGACUACCAGAUCCGGCUCGGCGUGGAGCGCGUCCGGGCAGCUGAAAUUAUUUUCGAGCCGUCUCUGAUCGGGCUGGACCGGGCAGGUUUAGGCGAAUCUUUGGGGGCAGCGGUGAGAAGAACAGCGGAGGAUCUAAGGAGCAGAUUAGUCCCAUUGUAUUCUAGAACAAAGUCCACAAGUGGUGCUCUUGACCUUUCCACUGCUGGUUCGGGCAUGGAAAAUGUUUUGCCGAGCUUUCUUUUCCUGACCGGAGGAAGUUCGCUGCUGCCUGGAAUGAGGGGCAGGUUGGAGGCGGAGUAUCGGCAGGUGCUGCCAAUAGGGAGUGGCAUAAAGAUUGUGGAAGCACGGGAUGUGUUUUGGGAUGCCUGGAGGGGAGCAGCAGCCAUGGCUGGGGAUGGGAGGAGACUGUUGCGACAAGCUGUGAGUCGGAAGGAGUAUGAGGAGCGUGGGGCGGAUGCGUUCCGACGAUACAAGUUUGAGUACUUUUGA